AUGUGGCGGCCGCUGGCCCUCGGGGCCCUGCUUUUCCCGGCGCUCUUCGCCGCCUGCCUGCGGAGCCUGGGCAGCCUCGCGCCGGGAUGGAGCCGCAAGGACCGGAUCGUGCUCAGCGGCAGGCUGGUUUCCUCCAUCCAAGCCACCAUGGCCACACUCUCGGGCAUCAUCGUUAUCUGUAGCUGCCAGGACGUGGUGCACGACAGGCACUGGUUGGCACAGGAGUACAUCUGGUUCGUGGUUUCCUACAUGACCUAUGACCUCUACAUCAUGUACCUCUGCUACUGGCACAAGAGCGAAGAGAAGGGUGAGGACCAGAAGAAGCACUCCCUGGCCAGCAUGAAGGGCUUCCUGCAGAGGGAACGGCUGAUGGUUACUCACCACAUCUUCAUCCUCGUCAUCCUCACCCCCGUGGCUGUGCAUCUUCGGGGCGAACUGGGAGACUUCUUCGUCGGCUGCAUCUACACGGCAGAACUCAGCACCCCGUUUGUAUCUCUGGGCAAGAUCCUGAUGCAGCUCAAACUGCAAGAUUCGCUUUUGCACAAAGUGAACGGGAUCCUCAUCUUGGCCACCUUCUUCCUGUGCCGGAUCCUCCUCUUCCCGUUCAUGUACUGGACCUACGGCCAGCAUUCGGGCCUGCCCAUCUACGAGGUGCCGUUCCGCAUCCCCUUCCACUGCAAUGUGGCCAACGCUCUGCUCAUCGCCCCGCAGCUCUACUGGUUCUUCCUCAUCUGCCGCAAGGCCAUACGCCUCUACACUAGCUCGCCGACUCCGGACCGAAGCAGAUAACAGCGGGUUUGGGCUCGCCCCAGAAGCAACGGGC